AUGAACUCGCAAUUCGGCUCCGGCCUGGGCAACGAGGACCCAAAGACUAUGAUCAUGCGACAGGUACAGCAAGAAUCUGCCAUGCAGAAUGCGCGCGCGCUCGUCGAGAAAUUGAACGAGCACUGCUUCGAUCGCUGUGUCCCUAAGCCUGGCACAUCUCUUUCCAAGGGCGAAGAGGGCUGCAUGUCAGCAUGCAUGGAAAAGUACAUGAGCGCAUGGAAUACCGUCUCGAAACAAUACGUGGGGCAGAUAACGAAACAAGCACAAGAAAAUACGCUGCAAUUGUAG